AUGACCUUUUACUUGUUCUUUCUCAUACCAAUGUCAUCAGCUGGAAAUAGAAACACUAACACCAUAUUUGGUAAAAAACAAAAACUGGAGGUUCAGCAGCAAUUAAAGCGCCUUAACAAGCCCGCUCUUAAAUCCAUCAAGAGCCCGGAUGGAGAUAUAAUCGACUGCGUAGAUAUCAACAAGCAGCCAGCUUUUGAUCAUCCUUUGUUAAAAAAUCACACAAUUCAGAUGAGACCAAGUUCUUACCCAGAAGGGUUUCCAUUUGAUGAAAUCAAUGACGUCUCUUCAAACUCCGAGCCUGAAUUUACUCAGCCAUGGCACUUGAAUGGAAGGUGCCCAGAAGGAACUAUUCCCAUAAGAAGAACUAAAGAAGAAGAUUUAUUAAGGGCAGGCUCUGUAGAAAAUUUUGGAAGGAAAAAAUACCAUACCAAUGCUCAUACUAGUAAUAACGAUCCACAAAUCCAUGAGCAUGCAACGUUAAGUGAGACUGGAGAUAAGUAUUAUGGAUUGACGGCAGACAUGAACCUGUGGAACCCCUAUACCAUGGAAGAUGCGUUUAGCAACUCUCAAUUCUGGUUGGCAAAAGGUGAAUAUGGUCAAGAUCUUGAUACCAUUGAAGCCGGCGCGAUGGUUUGCGAAGGUCUAUAUCACGAUAAAAACACUAGACUCUUCAUAUAUUGGACUGAUGAUGCAUAUCACAACACAGGUUGCUAUAAUCUAUUUUGCCCUGGCUUUGUUCAAGUUAACAAAGAGAUUGCGAUGGGUGCAACUGUCACCCCUUAUUCCAAGUAUGGUGGUAACCAAUAUGCACUCAAGUUCUACGUUUGGAAGUUAAAAUAG